GUUGCAUUCUCUGUGGAAGCGAAAACGAUGGUUAUUGUUUCCAACCCAAAUGCACUGCAGACAAAGCAUUCUUGGUCUGUCGACAUUCCUGCAGAGGCUGUGAAUAUUUCCCGAUCAGCCAAUGGUGGAGAGGGAUUUGCAGGGGUAUUACGCUUUCCUAACAUGUCCAUGGAUUGCAAAAACAGCAGAGUUUUAGAUAAUGCUGUGUAUGGCAUGUCUAUGUCUGCCAACAUCUCCAAUUUGAAAGAUCCUAUCAAAAUUCAUUUUGAAAAUGUCAGCAUGGAGAAUGUUACGUUUAUCUGCACCUCCUGGAAUGGUGUCGGGGAUCAACCUACCUGGACAGAGGACGGAUGUGAGACAGUAAAGGGCAACAGCACCAUCACAUGCAAAUGUUAUCAUCUUACCUUCUUUGCCAUUCUAAUGAAUGCUCUACCAACUAACGACACCCUCUCCAAAUCGGACCUCGUCUCCCUGACAUACAUCAGCUACAUCGGCUGUGGCCUUUCCAUAUUUUUCCUGGGGGUGGCGCUUUUCACGCAUUUUCUGCUACGCAAAGCCAAGUCCAGCCAGGCCAUCCAGAUCCUGAUGAAUCUGUUCACAGCGCUCCUCCUCCUCAACCUGACUUUCCUGACCAACGAGUCGGUGGCCAACAUGGGCAGUAACAUCGGCUGCAUCAUCAUCGCCACCCUCAUGCACUACUCUAUGCUGUCCACGUUCACUUGGUUUGCUAUGCAAGCUCUCCACCUGUACCUGCGCCUCGUUAAGAUGAGCAACACCAAAGACAUCAAAAACUACAUGCUGAAGAUGUGCAUGCCAGCCUGGGCUUGCCCAGCUGUGGUUGUCAUCACUCUUGCUGUUCUGAAUAAGUACACACUGGUGACCAUUACCACCACUAGUGGAUUUCAAACAAAAACGUGCUGGAUAAAGGACACAACGGUGCACUUCGUGGUAAACAUCGGCUACUAUGCACUGGUGUUCCUCUUCACGCUGGGCAUCUUCUUUGUGGUGGUGCAAAAAAUCCUCAUGUCCAGCAAGCUGAAGGUCAAGGACGCCAAGACGCCCUCUGUCUCCAAGAACAUAAUGGCCAUUAUGAGCCUGCUGGCCCUGCUAGGACUCACCUGGGGGGUGGCGUUCUUCAGCUAUGGGCCCAUGAUGAUACCAUCCUACUACAUAUUCUGUGUUCUCAAUGCCUUUCAAGGGUUUUUCCUGUUCAUCUAUUACUACAAUAACAGCAAGGACCUUGCCGAAGACACAAAGCCUGACAACCCAACAUUCAGUAGCAGCACAUCUUCUAAUAUAGCUACAAGCAAUACCUAUGUAACCCAAGGCUAAGUACUCAAGUUAAAAAAAAACAAGGUUCCCAACAAAUUGGACGGUUCUCAUAAAGUUCUACAGUGCACUUUUAGAAAAAUGAUUCAUUAUGGGUUGUUUUUCUUUUACAGAGAGAUAGAUCCAGAUUAGUGGG